UUGGUUCAUCACUAUCAUCCAACUCCAAGAAACCACAGCCUACAGCAAGCUCAAGCGAAGUGAGUUGAGCAGAUAUAUCAAUCACAAAGCCCCAAGAACAACAGCAUACAGACUAGCCACCAAUUCGCUCGAUCUGCAAUGGCGGAAAGAGUGACGAAGCUGGCAUCGCAGCGGGCGGUGGUGAUCUUCGGGGUGAGCAACUGCUGCAUGUGCCACGCGGUGAAGACGCUCUUCACGGAGCUGGGCGUGAGCUGGGUGGUGCACGAGCUGGACAAGGACCCCCGUGGGAAGGACGUCGAGAGGGCGCUCGCCGGCAUGGUCGGACGGAGCCCGCCCGUGCCAGCGGUCUUCAUCGGCGGCAGGCUCGUCGGCCCCACAGACAAGGUCAUGACGCUGCACCUCAGUGGCCAGCUGGUGCCGCUCCUCCGCCAGGCCGGCGCCCUUUGGCUCUGAACUGAAGAGUCAGGGACAGCAGUGGCUGUGCGUGCGUGCAGUUAUGUGUGAUCCCUAGGGAUCAUAUAAUAGUGCGUGCAGUGCAGCUACAUAAUUUUGGAAAGGUCAUCAAACAUAUUAAGGGUCAUGAUCUUUCAGUUGUACCUCUUCUUGUCAUAUGACAGAAGGAAAGGAUGCUUUGUGUUGCUUAAUAUCAAAUGAGCAAUAUCAAAUGAGCUUAUGCUUAUCUUGUGUUGCUUAAUUCGAUUU